AUGAAGGUUCUUCAUAAGAAAUAACUUUCAAAAAGUUGUUUAUCGCUGAUGUGAAGUUGAAUGGAGAAUAAUAAAUUAGUGGCUAUGGAAAAGAAAGGUAUUUGCCAAAGUCAUUUUUCGCGCUGAGCUCAAAUCGUGAAGUGUAUUUAUUGUGAAGCUGUCUAAAACUCAAGAGCUAUUUUUUCAAGCACUUUCUCUAUUUGUUGUGGACAUCACUUUUUCGGAAAUGCUUAUUUUCGUGUGAAAGAAACGUUUAUCCGAUUAGAGUACACCGUGUCGUGGAUCUGCAGUGUGGCGGUUUGUAGAAGACAGCGUUUGUGUGUACUUUGGCCGUUGACCUCCUCCGAGUCGGACUCCUGGUGGUGACGUCUCUUCGCCGCAAAAUGACUCGUUCUGAAGCCAAAUCGUCGGGCUGCUGUUGCUUCCGCAGCACCGCGGUGAGGACCUUUCUUCCGUGUUCUGUCUUUUUCUCUCAUUUUUAUCUCCUUCUCUAGGUUUUCCCUUGCCUGUUAAUUUUUUUUCAGUGGUUGGUCUCGUUAUCACUAGUAUUCAUUUCUUUUUCGUAUUGAUUUCAAUCGUUUCAAUGUUUAUGGGCAUUCCCGCAUUUGAUUAAAUAUGUAUCUCUUUAUUAUUGAUGUCGACAACAGAAUUUGGCUCAAGUAAGGCUUCUGCGCCGAAAAAAAACUUUUGAUUGGGUUUUAAACAGGCUAUAGCACCAUCAAUCAUAUAAUCUAUGAAACCGUUCUACUUUUUGAGGCAAGAAGUAGAUUCUCUUAGCUCAUAGUCUGGAGAGAAAAAUCGAAAAAUCUGAUGAUUUUUUUCGUUUCUGAUACUUUCAUGACUCACGGUUCAAAAUCAAAUCCGUAUAAGAUAUCUGGCAUACAGUCGUCAAUCUUCGUUCAUACAUCUUCCUUCAGUUGGCCAAACAACAUAUUUUGUAGAUUAUGAAACAUUUUUCAAUUGUGCAAAUCACCAAAUGAAAAAUGGAACUAGAUUUCAUAUGAGAAGAUAAUUUUCUAGCGCAUGAGUAAACGAGAAGAAAGGAGGGAAGCCUUCAGCAGCUGCGCCAGACCAGAGCCGGGUUCCGCCGCUCCCGGCUCUUUUGACGACUCGACGACGGUGGGACUCCCGCAGGAGCUUUUCGGACCAGGCUGGCGCGCAACCGGAGACCGGCGUCCCACUGAAAAGCGAGUUCCUUUCAAUCGACCCACGCCGAAGCAGGUCUUUUCCUCUUUUUUUCCUGGAUAUUUUCUUUUUCGUCGACUUCAGGUCUUCGAAGCACUUCCCUUCGUGCGCAGAUAUUUCGUCUAUUGGAUGAAGCACACUUUCGACAAGGAGAAACUUUUUAUCAAUACUUUCCAGCCACUCAAACACAAACCUUAUUAUGGUGAGAGCCUCUCAAAUAUGUGUCCUUUCCAUAGACAGAUAUUACUCAAAAUAAAUACACAGGUUUCGUGAACUUCCCGAAACAGUUUUAAAAGUUUUUUUUUUAAAUUAAGUUUCCCUGACAAUUAAAGAGUAAGAUAACUAGUUCCAUUGAAUGAAAAGGUUCAAUGUAUUCAACAGUCUUUUGACAUCAUAAAGCUGAGAAGAAUAACCUCAUUUAGCCCUUUUGAAUUACCUUAGAAUCUUUCUUUCCAUUUAUUCUAAAAAAGAAGUUCCCUUACUAAAUUGUUGAAGCUUCAUUUUCUGAGGCUGGUUUCAGGCGUUCCUUGUGGAGGCAUCGGAUGUGGGGCCAUCGGACGCGACUUCCGUGGCGGAUUCUGCAAGUUCAGUCUCCGGCCCGGCCUCGUCGAGCACAAAGUCGACGUCGUGCCUGUUCGUUUACCCUCGUUUUGAACUCUCGACGUUUUUCGAGAACAUUCUAGUCUUAAAUGAAAGGAAAAGCACAUUCCCUUGACCUAAUAUUUGUACUCUUAAGGAGGAUAGUAAUUUGAAAAAAAAUUAGAUACUUUUUUUAUUGAAAAAAACUUCAAAGCGUUAAUGGGAUAUGCUGAAAUCGCUUGAGAAUUUAUUUAUUUUUUCUAUGUCUACCACCUGCUCGAGAGAAAAACAUUGCAGAGACGUUGAAACUUCUUUUUUUUUAUUCCGAAAGUCGUGAGAAGGUUGAAGAUCAAAUGGAGUCAGUAAUGAAUUAACUUUCUCUCGCAUGUAAGGCAGCUUAUAAAAACGUACUUUUUACGAGAUAUGAAAUCAUUAAUUCAUUUUAAACUCGUGUAAUUUUUUUUCAAAAUUUAUACAAUGUUAAUUUUCUCCAGAACAAAUUUUUAGGAUUUUUUUCAAAGAAAUGAAAUUUUUGCUCUUUUUUUCCAGGCUAACCAAUUCAUCGUAUCAGUGCGCAGAAACGGCAAAUGCAUCUAUCAGAAGGUGCUCUGCGCGGCUGACGUCACGCUCCCUCCAGGCCAACUCUCCGAAUGGGACUUUUCAUUCCCCAAAAAACACGUUUUUUAUCGGUUAGUUACAUUCUUCUCAAAUUUUUAUUAUUCCUUGGCUUUCAAAAGUACGAUUGGCGCAGAAAUAGAGGUAAAACAUAGCAAGAAAAAAAAAGAUUCCGUUUCCAAAAAAGGUCCCGAUUUUCUAUGCGGAAGCCGGUAAAUGCAAGUGAAGGGAGCUCAACAACACUUGUAGCUAUGAACUUGAAGUUAAAAUGAAACAAGAAGUAAAAUGAGGGAGAAGAAAAUAAAAAUGAAUGAGCGCAUUUCAUGCUGGUGCCGUUCUGAACGGCUGGAAUGGGUUAUUAUGGAUCGGGUAAAGCGUUUCAGAUUCAUCAUGGGUUUUAAGUUGAAAAGUAAGGAAUGCGGUUAAUUAUUAUUUCUUUACAUUGUAGUUCCUUUGGCAAAUGCUUGCUUUGUCAUCCGAGGCGCCAAACCUCAGCAACUGA